CUCACUGAGGCUUGACAGAGGAGCGCGAGCGGAGGAGGACCGAGCAGCUUAUCUCCCAAACAGCAACACAACCCCAGGCGCAAUGCAGGCCAACGAGAAGGUGUUUGACGGCGGUGUGAUGCCCGAAGCCAAUGGAAAAGAUCCCAACCCGAGCGGGCAGACCGAGGGCCCCAAGUGGCAGAAGCCGCGGCUCACGCGUAAAUCUCUGAUGAAGUGCUGUCUCGUCAAAUGGAUCAUCGCCAGCACGACUCAACAGGGCCCAGAUGAGAGCAACGACGGGGACCUUGAGCUCUCGAUGGUGCGUCACCAACCGGAGGGUCUUGAUCAGCUGCAAGUCCAGACUAAGUUCACCAGGAAGGAACUGCAGUCGCUUUACAGAGGAUUCAAAAAUGAGUGUCCCAGCGGACUCGUGGAUGAAGAAACAUUCAAGACCAUUUACUCACAGUUCUUCCCUCAAGGAGAUGCGACCACAUAUGCACAUUUCUUGUUCAACGCUUUUGACAUGGACAGAAGUGGCUCCAUCCGCUUUGAAGACUUUGUGAUAGGAUUGUCUGUGUUGCUCAGAGGCUCCGUCACAGAGAAACUGCGAUGGGCGUUUAAUCUAUACGACAUCAAUAAGGACGGCUACGUCACUAAGGAGGAGAUGUUGGCAAUAAUGACAUCGAUUUACGACAUGAUGGGCAGGUACACUUUGCCCAGUGUGCGAGACGAUUCCCCCUUUGACCACGUGGAGAAAUUCUUCCAGAAAAUGGAUCGUAACAGAGACGGAGUGGUGACAAUAGAUGAAUUCAUAGAAACCUGCCAAAAGGAUGAAAGUAUAAUGGCUUCAAUGCAGCUCUUUGAAAACGUCAUCUAGUGUCUUUGGGCGGACACGAGUCAGUAAUGCGGCAAAGUGCUUCCAGCUACAAGCCUCCGGGUCUGAAAUAAAUUCAUAAAUCAAUUCACCCUGAAACAGCCAAACACUCGUACUUCUCCAGACAAACUGUUAUGCAGAGAAAUGUGCAGAAUCCACCUAAAUCACCCGAAGCCCUUUUUCUUUGCAUGACAGUUUUCACUUUAUUAUUUGCACAUGAAGCAGAAAGGAUUUGUCAUCGUUGCUGUAUGAGCAUGAGUCUUUGCCCCACCAGUCAAAGCAUGUGAUGCAAACCACGGGGAGUUUUGUUGUUGACCACUUUGAAACUCUGGCGGAAGCUGGAUGAGACUUUGUUACUGUGUCACACUGCAAAGGAAAAUAGUCCCGUUUUUUGUUGUGUUUCUUCAGAUUGAGGUUCGGUUUUUGUCAUGUUGACCCAAAACCUGCUGAAAUAAAUGUAUGCCAUCACUGUCCACUCCAGCAUGCAUCUUCUUUUUUAGAGAAACCAUCUGAAAUGUGAGAGUAGGAUGUGAAUGUGCUAAAUACACAUGUGCAGAGUGUUACUAUUUUUCACUGGGAUAAGAAUACACAUGGCUGGUAUAUUUCAAAAUAAAACCAAACAAGUCUUCAGCGUAUGUUUGCAUCAAAUGUGUUGCAUUACACUUGUAAGAUUGUGUUUCCAUGUCUCUAGUAAUAUGCAGAGUUAGGAUGAACAGAUGAGCAAUUGUAUAAAUUUGUUGUGUGCAGACGAUCCUUCAAAUCCAUGACACACAACGAAAAAAAUUCUUAGUUCUUUGAUUUUGCUCGGGGCUAUUCUUUUCCUGUUUUGACCAGUUUGGUGAAAAUGAACAAUCUUCUCUCUUGUUCCACUUCUCGUUCUAUAUUUACAUCAUCAUCUUGACAUUUCACACAUAAAAAAAAAAAGUUCAGAUUCUUAAAGCCUGGCGGCCGUGUUCAUUUUGUUCUCUGUGCCAAGCGUUGAGUUUUGGAUUCUUGUUCUGAGCGACGGACUUGAAGUCGUUCCUCUCGACCAAAUGUCUUCAACUUGUUGUUGCACAGACAACAAUAACUAAAUCAACCAUAUUUUCUUUUCAAAGCGACAAAAGCAUCAACACUCUCUCAUAGUCUAUCAGUACAUUCAAAUGGGUUUUUUUAAUUGGUUGUGAUCUGUAUUCUGUUUUUAUACAUUCAUACUUAUAGCACAGCAACACCAAUAUAUUUUGUUUUCAUGCAAAGCUGCAGUUUGGCUGCUAAAGAGGAUCCUUGAAUCCUCCCUGUAAGAGCUUCCAUAUAUAUCAAACUAUCCUGGGCAAUAUGGCGAUACAGGUGAUUUAUUUCCAUUUCAACACCGAUAUCACUGCAAAUGAAUGCAAGUGUGUAUAUAUAUCGAUUGUUAAUUGUGCAUUAGAGAGCCAAAAAUGAAUCCUAAAAAUAAAUAUUCUUCG